UGGCGCUCUAGUGCGUUAUUAAAUGGCUUCUCUGUGUACAUUACUGCGUCAGUAUGUUGCAAAUUUGAGAAUUUAGAUCUAUUAAACAACGCCCAAUUUGAAACCGAGUGAAAUAAAAGUGCAGUGCAAUGGUGAAACAAAGCAACUCCAUAAAAAUGUCGCCGAAAUGUAUUAAAAUAUACAAAUUUCGGUCAAACUAUUAUGGAUAAUUGAGUGUUUUGUCAAAAUGGUGGGUGUUUGUUAUUUGGCUACGAUCAUUAUUUACAUCAUUAGUUCAACGAGUUGCACUAAAACGAAAGAUUGUCCAGAGAUUUGCGAUUGUUUGGGUUAUUACGUCGACUGUUCUUCGAAAAGACUGGAAACGGUACCGUCGAGCCUGCCAAAAUGGACCACUCACCUUGAUUUACGUAAUAACACUAUAAAAAACCUAACCGACGGUGUGUGGACAAAUUUAAUUAAAUUAGCUGAGCUCAAGUUGAACAAAAACGAUAUUUCCGUUAUACCUCCAGACGCGUUCAGUUUUCAAAAGCAGCUAAUUAUUCUUGAGCUUAACCGGAACCACUUAAAAUACAUCGAUGCUUUAACUUUUAAGUCAUUACAACAUUUAUUAGUAUUGAAACUGAGACGAAACCAAAUAAAACAACUUAAAGAUGGAGCUUUUUACGGUCUACAAGCUAUCGAAAAAUUAAUAUUGGAUUAUAAUAAUAUACAAGUGAUUUCAAAAGGGUGGCUUUAUGGUUUAGAUACUUUAAAAGAACUGUCUCUUAGUCAUAAUAAGAUGAAUUCCAUUGAACCUGACGCUUGGGAAUUUUGCAAGGAAAUGACCAUUUUAGAUUUGUCAAACAACAAACUAGAAUCCAUUGCAGCUAAUACGUUUAAAUCCCUUGGUGAUCUCCAAAAAUUAGUAUUAAGUAACAAUAAUAUAACUUAUAUUGAAGAAGGGGCCUUUAGUCAUUUGCCAAACUUGAAGUUUUUGCAUUUAAGUAACAAUAAAAUUUCCUGGACGAUCGAAGACGCGAACGGCGUGUUCCAAGGUCUUGGCAACUUAAUGAAGUUUCAUGUCUCAGGAAAUAACAUCAAGUCCAUAAACAAGAACGCUUUCGUCGGCUUAAAAAACGUAACUUAUUUAAAUUUGAACAACAACAAUAUUACCUCGAUUCAGAAGAACGCCUUUGCUGAAGUGCCUUUACUUUCGGACUUUAUAUUGAACACCACUUCGUUGCUUUGCGAUUGCAAUUUACGUUGGUUUUACGAAUGGUUGAACGCUAAACGAUUUAAAAUUCGCGCCAUCUGUGCUUACCCUGAUUGGUUGCGAGGACAAUCGUUGUUGGAUGUACCCACGGCCAACUUCACUUGCGAUGAUCUUCCAAAACCCAGGUUAAUCGAAGAACCCGAACCUGAAAUAAUGGCGUUGAAAGGGGAAAACAUAAGUUUGAGUUGCACCGCAAUGUCUAGCUCGAACAGCGUCAUGACGUUCCAGUGGAAACGAGAUAACGUAGAACUUUUGAACAUGAACAUCGUAUCUAAUUCCAGUUUUGACGGUAAGACGACGGAAGCGAUGUCCAAAUUACACAUUUUUCGAGUGCAGCAUUCCAACGCUGGGAAAUACCAGUGUGUUGUGUCCAACAUUUACGGGACUACGUACUCGCAGAAGUCCAGCAUUUCCGUACUAAUCUUUCCAACCUUUCUUAAAAUCCCUGACAACGUGACGGUGAAAGCGGGAGAAGUAGCGCGAUUGAUUUGUGCGGCGUACGGGGAGCCACAGCCCGAGAUCGCGUGGCAGAAAGACGGAGGAAACGACUUUCCGGCAGCUAGGGAGAGACGGAUGCAUGUCAUGCCAACUGACGACGCUUUCUUCAUAACGAAAGUGAAACCCAGCGACAUGGGUGUAUACAGUUGCACGGCACACAACGCAGCAGGAACAAUCGUGGCGAACGCGUCCUUAACGGUACAAGAGAAACCUUCCUUCGUAAAGUCCAUGGAGAAUAAAGAAGUGACCGCUGGAGAGUUGGUCGUGCUGCAGUGUAUGGCCAGCGGUACUCCCAAACCCACGAUCACGUGGUACAAAGACGGAGAGCCAAUCCGGGCGACCGAGCGGCAUUUUUUUACCGCGGAGGAUCAACUUAUGAUCAUCGUGGACACCGUUCAGGCCGACUCUGGCAAGUACGAGUGCCAUUUGAACAAUUCUUUGGGUGAGAAGACCGGUUAUAGCCAUCUUCGCGUGAAACCAGGUUUCGUUAUAGGAAAUUUCACCACGACUGAUAUGAUGGGUAUUAUAAUAAUAACGGUAGUGUGUUGCGCCGUGGCUACUUCGAUCAUUUGGGUAGUGAUUAUUUAUCAGACGAGGAAGCGACUGGCUCCAGCCGCUGCCAAUUCGCAACCAGAGGGUCCAGUGAUGGAGUUUAACGAUAAGGGCGUCGUUCAGUAUAAAGAUAACGUGUCGGAUCGGUCUUCGUGCAAAGAUAGUGGUACCGGGGACUCGGCGAAGAGAAGCAACGACGACUUGGUACCAGAGGAGUACAAUUUGAUAAUAAACGAGGAGACUUCCCCGCAUAGAUGGAGCGUGAUACGAGUAGCGAGUAUGGCGUAUUUACCUACGGAUUCCGCCAACUCGAACACGCCGCUUCUGACGCACUCCCCGUACGCUCGAUCGACGAAUCACGAUCGAGCUGAAACGAGCGACGAAAAGUUUCAGCAACCAGCAACGGAGCCAAAUACUGACGACAAGUAAGCUGGAAGUCAAUUUCCUAUUCAAUGGUACAAGAAGAAUGUAUAUACUUUGUAUUUUUUAGUUCCUGUUUUUAGAGUUAAUUUUUUGUUUUUUCUUUAAGAUUUGACUGUUUAAGGGCGUCGUUGCAGUUUAUUUAUAAAUUAACGUUAGUUUUUGAUUCGGAGCUACAUAUGUUUCGUGUUGUUGAUCGUGACAAUAAAUUGACUAACUUUAGAUGUACGUAAACGCGGAUGUUCGAAACCAAAUGAGAGAUUCAUACCAAAGCAUUUUGUGAUGCGGUAAAGACCGGAGGCCUUAUCUUUUAAAUAAAUACAAAUAUUUUUCUAGGGAUAUAAUAACGAAAUUAUACAAUUCCAUUUAACACCAAUUGUUGCGUCAUGUGUAGCUUCGAAGUGAUCGUCCCAGUUUUAAUUACUUUAAAAAUUCCCGUGAUAUUAUGUUAAGUCGACAUAAUUUUGUAUAUUAACAAAGUUUUAUUAGUAUACUGCCCAUUGAAAGUAUAAUUCCUGUAGAUACUAUGAAUUAUUGCAGUUGCAAGUAUUGGAAAGUGUUCGUGUUGAAUGUGUUUAUUUAUUGAUGUAUGCGUGUUGUGUGGAUGUUGUGGAAUAUUGUUUUUAUUGUGUUAUGAGCGAUUUAUUUUAUUAACACGAUUUUUGUUAAUACGUUUUAAAUUUAUGGUAUUCGAUAAUUUUUAAGUUCUUAUAAUCCCACUCUAUAGUAUUACUAAGUAUACCUCAUUGUGAUUAUAAUUUUUGUCCAAAAUAAAAUAUGACGUAUAUUAUUAGAGUAAAAAGUUGUUUAUUAGGGUUAGUGCGACUUACACGCCCUAGGAACGUAAGACACGACCGUACUAGAACAACCAAUAGUAAGCCGCUAUUCAGUCACGUGAACCGGAAUAACCAUUUGCCAUUGGUCGUUCCGCUAAUCGCGUCUUAAGCUCCGCCUCCACGGACAUGUGUUCUUGGAUACGCUUUAUUUGUAACAUAUACAACUCAGAGUAUUUUAAACAAAUUUAAUUUUGGGCAUGUUAAUCGCCAUUUUUUCAUUAAAAACUUAGACCAG